AUGGGAGGUUAUUGUUCUCAAACGCGCCGCUUCAUUUCCCCAGCCAUAGACUUCUUCACAUGCCUGUUGAUCGCAACACAUCCGAGCGGAAACGGAAGCCCCGCACUGAGCACGCGCCAUACAAACCACGUCAGCCCGAAGUCGUUGUUGACAGGUGGCGAGGACGAAAUUGUUGACCAGGUUAACCACGAGAUGGCACUUAAGAGGGGUGAGAUUGAGGAGAUCGAGUCUGAUGACGAGGAGGAGGAUGAACAGGAGGAGGAUAUUGGAAUAGGCGAGUUAAGGAGUUUAUGUGAGAAAGUGGAACGCCUCUCCCUUAAAUAUGGAGACUCCGAGACCUGCCUAGACCUCUCUCGAAGUCUGAGGCAGUUUCGAAUCCAGUUGAGGAGGGUGGAGACAGCGAAGGCGAGGCAGACGUCGCUGAACGAGUGGUUCAGCAGCAGAGAGUCACACGAUAUGUCACUGUUAAUGUCACUCUCACGUUUUGUUACACCUAUCUACACUGGCAUAAAUCUAAUAAUGCAUCGGAAAUUGGCCCUUCCCGGCGUUAUGCAUUAUGAGAACUUCUACUGUAAUAUUGGUGCAGGGUUACAUAUCAUCGCUUCCAUCACCAGGACCCCGGGCAAUAGCAGGAAAGCCCUGGUCCCGAUCCGGACAAAAAAUGUGGAUUUUAGGCCCUACAGCUGGGGGCCAAUCCGGACAAAAAGUGACAAAAUUCGAAACUGCCCAGAGCCAGAGUCCGGACAAAAUCGACGAGAUGUCAAAAAAAAAGCCUCCCAGCCGGUAUUUGGGCAUAAUUGUGGGACAUUUGUAGAGAAAAAUUUACCCUGA